AUGGCGACUUCGGGAGAUGAGACGCGCUCACCUCCGGCGGCCGAAACCGUAGCUUCUCCAACUCAUCCCGAGGAUGAUCCUGAGCAUGGCGCGAACCCGGCGACGGGUAUCAUUGAUGCUGACGAUGGAGAAACAGACUCCGCCAUCAAUGUUAUGAGAACGGGCGUCUUUACCACUCUCAUUCCCGAGGCAGUCGAACAAGAGCGGUUGGAUCUACAGCACGAGCUCUUCAUGAGAACGUUUAGAGGGCGUCUUUGCACAUGCCCAAAGUCUUACGGGGCUAACAGAGUCCUGGAUCUCGGAACAGGGACAGGAAUCUGGGCCCUGGAAUACGCGGAGGAGCAUCCCGAAUCUGAAGUGAUUGGGGUAGAUAUCAGUCCAGUGCAGCCUGACUUCAUGCCUCCCAAUUGCUCUUUCGAGAUUGACGAUCUGGAGAAACCGUGGACAUGGUCAAAACAAUUCGACUUCAUCUUCUCUAGAACUCUGAGCGGCAGUAUUCUGGACCCAGCCAAGCUGGUUGACAGCAUUUACAACCAACUUGAACCCGGCGGCUGGUUCGAAGCCCAAGAUGUCUGCAUGGAGGCUCGGACUGACGACAAUACUCUGCCCGAGAACAGCUACUUGGCACAGUGGGCUGAUGAGGUGGUUGACGCCAUGGAGAAGAUCAAUCGGACACUGAAGCUUCCCCUCAAGUGGAAGCAGCUCCUCAUCGAUCGUGGCUUCGAAGAUGUUCGAGAGACCAUUUACAAAUGGCCAACCAACACUUGGCCACGAGACAAAACGAUGAAGGAUAUUGGCGGAUGGGGGCUGGCGAAUCUUGAUUACUUCCUCGAGACAGCGGCUCUUGGCAUCUUAACUAACAUCAAGGGCUGGUCGAAGGAGGAAGUCAUUGUUUUGUGUUCACAAGCGAGGAAAGAGAUGCGUGAUCCAAGGAUCCAUGUUUGGUGGCCUGUAUAUGUCGUGUCCGGUCGCAAGCCAGGCACUCCAGCUCAGGUGCCUGCGGAGCCCUCGACAGCUUGA